GCGGCUGAGGCGGCGGCCCCCGGCGGCCCCGGCUCCGCGCACGCGCCCGCGCCCUCCCGGUGCUGACAGCGCGAGCGCGCGGCCCCGUGGGAGCAGCUCGAAUGUAUGACAACAUGUCCACAAUGGUGUACAUGAAGGAAGACAAGUUGGAGAAGCUCACGCAGGAUGAAAUUAUUUCCAAGACAAAGCAAGUAAUCCAGGGGCUGGAAGCUCUGAAGAAUGAGCAUAAUUCCAUUUUGCAGAGUUUACUGGAGACACUAAAGUGUUUGAAGAAAGAUGACGAAAGUAAUCUGGUGGAGGAGAAAUCAAACAUGAUCCGAAAGUCACUGGAGAUGUUGGAGCUUGGCCUGAGUGAGGCCCAGGUCAUGAUGGCGCUGUCAAACCACCUGAACGCCGUGGAGUCGGAGAAGCAGAAGCUGCGUGCACAGGUGCGGCGUCUGUGCCAGGAGAACCAGUGGCUGCGGGAUGAGCUGGCCAACACUCAGCAGAAGCUGCAGAAGAGCGAGCAGUCUGUGGCUCAGCUGGAGGAAGAGAAGAAGCAUCUGGAAUUCAUGAACCAGCUGAAAAAGUACGACGACGACAUCUCUCCUUCGGAGGACAAAGACGCUGAUUCCACCAAGGAACCUUUGGAUGACCUCUUCCCAAAUGAUGACGACGACCCUGGUCAAGGAAUUCAGCAGCAGCACAGCAGCGCAGCGGCGGCCGCGCAGCAGGGCGGCUACGAGAUCCCCGCGCGGCUGCGCACCCUGCACAACCUGGUGAUCCAGUACGCCUCGCAGGGGCGCUACGAGGUGGCUGUGCCCCUCUGCAAGCAGGCCCUGGAGGACCUGGAGAAGACCUCAGGCCACGACCACCCUGACGUGGCCACCAUGCUCAACAUCCUGGCCCUGGUGUACAGAGACCAAAAUAAAUAUAAAGACGCAGCUAGCCUGCUGAACGACGCCCUGGCCAUUCGCGAGAAGACCCUGGGCAGAGACCACCCUGCGGUGGCAGCAACUCUGAACAACCUCGCGGUGCUUUACGGCAAAAGAGGGAAGUACAAAGAAGCCGAGCCGCUGUGUAAGAGAGCUCUGGAGAUCAGAGAGAAGGUUUUGGGAAAAGAUCACCCAGAUGUUGCCAAGCAGUUAAAUAACUUGGCCUUACUGUGCCAGAACCAGGGCAAGUACGAAGAAGUGGAAUAUUAUUAUCAGAGAGCCCUCGAGAUCUACCAGACAAAACUGGGGCCUGAUGACCCCAAUGUGGCCAAAACAAAAAAUAACCUGGCUUCCUGCUACCUGAAGCAAGGGAAAUUCAAGCAAGCAGAGACCCUGUACAAAGAGAUCCUUACUCGCGCACACGAAAGGGAGUUUGGUUCAGUGGAUGAUGAAAAUAAGCCCAUUUGGAUGCAUGCUGAGGAGAGAGAAGAAUGCAAAGGAAAGCAGAAGGAUGGGACGUCUUUUGGAGAGUAUGGUGGCUGGUACAAGGCCUGCAAAGUUGACAGUCCAACUGUCACAACUACUUUGAAAAACCUCGGGGCACUUUACAGACGUCAAGGCAAAUUUGAAGCGGCAGAAACGCUGGAGGAAGCAGCCAUGAGGUCGCGCAAACAGGGUCUUGACAAUGUUCACAAACAGAGAGUGGCCGAAGUGCUGAACGACCCUGAGAACACGGAGAAGCGGCGGAGCCGGGAGAGCCUGAGCGCGGACGUGGUCAAGUACGAGAGCGGCCCUGACGGAGGCGAGGAAGUGAGUAUGAGCGUAGCGUGGAACGGGGAUGGCACUGGAUCUUUAAAACGCAGUGGUUCCUUUAGCAAACUCCGGGCUUCAAUUAGACGCAGCAGUGAGAAGCUGGUUAGGAAGCUGAAGGGAGGAAGUUCACGAGACAGUGAACCAAAGAACCCCGGGGCGCCACCAGCAGAGCCCCUCUCUGUGGACAACGACAGCAGCAGCAGUGGCCUGGAAGACGCCAGCCUGAGUUGAGGCGGCCGUGGAGGAGUCCAGCCUGAGCUGCUGUGUGCACCCCAAGGGCCCGGUGACACCGUGAAGGUCACGAGGCUGGAGGGCCUGGGGCAGUGCCCACAGCGCUGACCGACACCCCAUCCCAGCGCCCUGCCCCCGCUACGCCUCACACCGCGGGGCCCAGGACAGCCCGCAUGCCCGCGACCUGCCCGGCCUGGGCCGCUGCUCUGCCACUGCCCCGGGCUAUGUGUGAACAUGGACUUUGCUGUAAAUUUCUAAAAAUUAAACUUUAUACAUCUUA